AAGCCACAUAAAACCCUAAACCCCAAAAAAUCCAAAACUUUUCUAUUUCUUUCUUAAUUCAAAUCUCUCGCUCCAAACAGAGGGUAUUUGUAAAUUAAGGAGCGAGAUUUCCAUUGUUGUUCUUUUUGAAUUGAGUUAGCAAAUUAAAGAAGAGAGAUGCAGCACGACGAGGUGAUAUGGCAAGUCAUCAGGCACAAGCACUGCAGUUUCAUGUCCAAAAUAUCUACUGGGAUUUUCUGUAGAAACCCUUAUAACGUCACUGGGAUUUGCAAUCGUAGUUCCUGCCCUCUUGCUAAUAGUCGCUAUGCCACUAUCCGCGACCACGAUGGGGUCUUUUAUUUAUAUAUGAAGACUAUCGAAAGAGCUCAUAAACCCAAUGAUUUAUGGGAAAGAGUAAAAUUGCCCCGAAAUUAUGAGAAGGCACUUGAAGUUAUUGACAAGCAUCUGAUGUAUUGGCCGAAGCUCCUUGUGCACAAAAUAAAGCAGCGUCUCACAAAAAUGACACAGAUGCGCAUCCGUAUGAGAAAACUUGCCUUGAAAACAAGGGAGAAGAUAAUGACUACACCCAGAAAGGAGAAGAAGAGGGAGGCUAGAAGGGAGGAAAAGGCUGAAAAAGCUGCAGUCUUGGAUAAGACAAUUGAGAAAGAGUUGCUUGCACGGCUCGAAAAUGGAAUUUAUGAUGGAAUAUACAACCUUCCCUUCAAUAAAUUUAUUGAAACUCUUGACACAGAUGAACUGCAGGCUGAGGAUGAAAAUGAAGAGGAAUCUGAAGUUGAGUAUGUUGAGGGAAACUUUGAACUUGAAGAGGAAGAUGAUAUAGAAGAUAUGGGUAUGAAGAAUUAUCACAUCAGUAAUGAUGAGGUGGCUGAUGAUGAUGAUGAUGAAGAAGUAAAUGCAGUUGAAGUGAGAAGAAGAUCCAAGUCUGAGAAAGAUGAACCUGGUAAAAGGCUGAAAAAGAAACCAAGGAUCCAUGUUGAGGUUGAACAUGAAGAUGGUGCUGAAAUGCAGAAAGCAACCUUUUGAGUCUCAGUAGCUUGUUCCAUCUAUCAACAAAUACCAUGAAGGCUGCAUAUAAGGUAGUUUUUUGAAUGUGUGUCAUCCUCCUUCCUAACAAUGUGCAGUAUGAGGGAAAUCCAAAGAGGCUUUAGCAUAACCAUGUAACCCUCAAAAAGUUUCAAUGCCAUCUGCCCCCUUUUCCUUUCCGGCUAAACGAAAUCAGAGAAACGAAAGGAAAGAGGAGAGAAGGAAGAAAAGAGAAGGACGAAGAGUUUUGACCCCCCUUUUUUUUUUUUGUUGGUUUAUAGAGUUGAGAAUCAUGUGUUAAAACUUGUUGUAUUUGCAUUUUAACUAUGCAAAGGAAUGUGGGAAGUUAAAGAUGUUUCCAGGCUAAUACAAACUGAGAUUGCUAAUGCA